AUGGCUCCAGCUGCACCUGCCCCGCCACUUAAACCUGGAGAAAAGAGGGGUGUGAAUUGGUCGAAUGUGGCAGUGGGUGGGAUCAUGAACAUGUUUGAAGUUACCACUUUGGGACAACCACUCGAGGUUGCGAAAACCCAAAUGGCUUCCAAUCGAUCACAAUCCAUGGUAGAUGCUUUGAAAACUGUAUGGUCUCGUGGUGGUGUUCUGGGCUUUUAUCAAGGUUUGAUUCCAUGGGCUUGGAUCGAAGCUUCGACAAAAGGUGCUGUCUUACUCUUUACCGCCGCCGAGAUUGAAACUGUAGCUGUCGGGGCUGGAGUCGCUCCCGCUGUGGCUGGAUUACUGGGUGGAAUGGGUGGAGGAAUCACUCAAGCUUAUGCCACCAUGGGAUUUUGCACUUGUAUGAAGACUGCCGAAAUUACUAGACAUAAACAAGCUUCUGCUGGUAUCAAACCUCCAUCGACCAUGGCACUAUUUGCUGAGAUGUACAAAAAAGGUGGUAUUCGUGGUAUCAACAAAGGUGUGAAUGCCGUUGCACUCCGUCAGUGUACCAAUUGGGGAUCUCGAAUGGGUUUUGCCCGUUUGGCCGAACAACAAAUCCGAACACUCCGAGGAAAGACAGAAGGAGACAGACUCAGUGCGUUUGACAAGAUUGCGAGUAGUACGAUUGGAGGUGCAUUAGCUUGCUGGAAUCAACCUAUCGAAGUGGUUCGAGUCGAGAUGCAAUCAAUGGCCAAACAAACUGGCACAGGUAACCGUCCAGCUAAGAUGACUGUCUUUAAUACUUUGGGAUAUAUUUACAAGGAAAGUGGUCUAAAAGGACUUUACCGCGGCGUGACACCUCGGAUUUGUUUGGGAAUCUGGCAGACCGUCUGCAUGGUAUCGUUUGCUGAUGUGAGUAUUGAUAUCUGGCCAAACUGA